AUGGGAAUGAAAUCGUGGCAGUCGAAGUUCAUUUCUCUACGUUGUUUUAUUUUUCUGUCACUCAUUGCUACUCACUGUUAUUUAUUUGUGCAGACCCGAACACUUGGCCAGGUUGAUGACUGCUCAGCCUUGCUGCAGUUCAAGGAAAGCUUUGCAAUUAACAAGUCUAUUUCUACAGAUCCUCUUGCUUAUCUGAAGGUUUCAUUUUGGAUGCAAGAAGGAGAUGGGAAUCGGAGUAAUUGUUGUUCAUGGGAUGGUGUUGAGUGUGAUGAAGACUUUGGCCAUGUUGACGGCCUUGAUCUCCGUAGCAGCUGUCUCUACGGCUCUAUCAAUUCCAGCAACACUCUCUUCCACCUUGUUCACUUGCAGAGGCUUGACCUCUCAGAUAAUCACUUCAAUUUCUCUCAAAUACCGUCAAGAUUUGGUCAUGAUCUUUCGAGUCUAACAUCUCAACCUUUCAAAUUCCUUAUUCUCUGGCCAAAUUCCAUCAGAAAUUUCAAAGCUAUCAAAGCUGUCUACCCUUGA